UCAUUGAAUAGUUUCUGCACGUUUUCACACCGCAAAAUGAACAGUUGAUACGUAGUAUAUACGUAGAGAGAUCUGGAAAGAUUCAAAUAGAGCUCGUAUCUCAUCGCUGUAGCUUGCUGAACGUUUUGCUGAGGUAACCAGCACGAUGCUGCAAGAGGCGAUGGAGAGCAUAGGCAACCGUUCUGUCACUGUGGAACCGCACUACUUUGAACGGCUGCUAUUGCUGACGAGCCAGAAAGCGUGUGCUGACUUCUUUCUCGGCGAUACCUUACCCAAAGGCUCUUACUGUAACAGCACCUGGGACAACAUCUACUGUUGGCCACCUACUCCGGCUGGAUAUGACAUCUACAUGCCCUGUCCGGAACACCUCUUCUUCGAUGGAACAAAGCUUCUCGCCUAUCGCACCUGUAAUGAGAGAGGGGAGUGGGAGUUGGGCAACUGGACAAACUACACAGCCUGCAUUAACUACCCCAUCCCACCCGUGACGAACGUACCGUUGCUGUUUGCGGUGAGAGAUAUCUACUUUGUCGGGUCCAGCAUCUCAUUAAUUCUACUGGCCGCAACGUUCUUCAUAUUUUGCUACUUCAGGCGACUCCAGUGUGACCGCAUCAAAAUACACAAGCAUCUGGUCUUGUCGCUCAUCUUUCGCUCCAUCGUUCUUAUCGUUCUGCUGCAACCAUAUCUGGGCCUCAAAGGCUACGACAACUCUUACCUGAACUCGCCCUUCAUCUGCCGAAGCAUGCUGGUCCUAUCCCAGUACUUCGGUAUGACUAACGUGUUCUGGAUGCUGAUAGAGGGACUGUUCCUGUACAUGCGGUGUGUGGUGGCAGUCUUCCACUACAUAUCCAGCCUCAAGGUCUUCUACAUCAUCGGAUGGGUCGUCCCGGUAUGUUUUGUAGCUGCGUGGACCGUUGUUAUGGCGCUGUACGAUGAUCACCCAUGUUGGCUGGACUACAGUGAGCUGCAGUACGCAUGGAUCGUGUCGGGGCCAAUCGUCCUGGCUCUCCUGGUAAACCUGUACGUCCUCCUGCACAUUUUGGCAGUUCUAGUCACCAAGCUGAACGCAGAUCAGAGACUGCCCAACUACUCAGAGCAUCUGAAAGCUCUAAAGGCUCUGUUCGUCCUGUUACCGCUUCUCGGGCUGACCAACGUGCUGUUCUUCGUCAAUCCAAAAGACGGAGGGAUCGGAGAGAUCAUCUUCCAAGUCUUCAACGCCGUCAUACAAGCUUCAGAGGGGAUCUUCGUUUCCAUGAUCUACUGCUUCACAAAUGCGGAGGUUCAAACGGUGAUACGGGACAAACUGGCGGUGAUACAGAUGAAGCAAAGCGUGUAUAACAACGGCGGCACCAACGCCAAGAAAAAUGACAACUCCACUGCGUCGACGACCCAUGGAGGAACCCGCGUUUAAAAAUAACACUACAAUGGGAUGUGCUAGCUUGACGUCACAACAUAUCAAUAUGGGUUCAAGGUAUGAGUAUGAGGCCACCUUUUAAGCAGUAUUUCGGCAGCAAUAUACCAGUAUGAAUACUGGUCUGAAACUCAUCUCAGCCAACUUUUGCUUUGGUCUCCUUUGGAAAAGGGUGCUCUGCCGGGCACUUAACAGGCUGUUUGAGGACUUUGAGGCAUGACUCCUACAUGUCCUCGUGAAACACCCUUUGGUUGUCGGAGCGAUUAAAAUGUGGCACGACCCGGCCCCGGGUUGAUUUGAGUACUCACCGGCAUGUACCCCGGUAAACUAACCAGUAUGCUAGCCGGUGCAAAUGCGACCAAAACAUUUGAGAGACUGCAAGGCCAAGAUGACAGCCAAUCAGUAAAAAAGUACACCGACUUCAUAAAGAAUUCAGAGCAAAUUCUGGUAAGAUUGAGAAAAAAAAACUAUUUGGCACUACUAUUCAAGUCACGAACAUAACGAAUGCCAGCUGCAGAUUGCUGCAAGUGACUUGCAACACCCGCAACACAUGCAUUUCCUUCCUACUGUAAAUAAUGUAAACCUAUCUGAACAAAUUGAUAUUUUGAUUGCUAAAGAUGAUGUGAUGUUUGUACGAUUGUGAAAUUUAUACAGAUUAAACGUGUAUAAGUGAUUAUAUGCUCUGUAAUAGUAUAAUGCCCAUACCCAAAUGUUUAAUGGCAUCAGAAUUGACAUUCAUAAUAGUCUACAUAAUGUUUAUUUACUGGUUAUGACUUGAAUGAUAAGAUACUA